GUCACCAAUCGCGGAACGUUUUAUCGCAAACUAGUUUCAGUUUCGAAAGAACCAAAUCCAGACAAGAAGGUUGUGUCUGAAUUCGCCGAGGGAAGAGAGGGAGCGAGCGAGAUAGAUUUGUAAGGAGGAGACGAGUGUGAAAGAGAGAGAGAUAGAGAGAGAUUAAGAGGGUGUGGGGAGAGAGAAGAGAGGUUUUGUGAGUUUUGUAAGGGUUUCAAAUCCUAAUCCAGAUCUCGUUGCUCAUCUCAUCUGAUGGAAAGGAAGCUUGUGGUGCUGGGGAUCCCGUGGGAGAUUGAUUCAGAUGGGCUUAAGGAUUACAUGUCCAAAUUUGGUGACUUGGAGGAUUGUAUCGUCAUGAAGGAUCGAUCAACCGGAAGAUCUCGUGGAUUUGGAUAUGUCACUUUUGCUUCAUCUCAAGAUGCUAAGGAGGCUUUGAAAGGUGAACACUUUUUAGGCAACAGAAUCUUGGAAGUUAAAGUUGCUACACCCAAGGAAGAGAUGAGACAGCCUGCAAAGAAGGUGACGAGGAUCUUUGUUGCUCGUAUCCCUCCUUCCGUCUCUGAAUCUGAUUUCCGAAGACAUUUUGAAAAGUAUGGCGAAAUCACUGACUUAUACAUGCCUAAGGACCACAAGUCCAAGGAACACCGAGGAAUUGGGUUUAUCACAUUCGCUACUUCUGAUUCAGUGGAGGAACUGAUGGAAGACACACAUGAUCUGGGAGGCACAACGGUUGCUGUUGAUCGAGCAACACCAAAGGACGACGAUCAUCCUAGGCCGCCACCUCCAGCUGCUAGAAUGCCUCGCCCACCCGUGGCUGUUGCAGCAGGUGGGUUUGGAGCUCCAGGUGGUUACGGAGCUUACGAUGCUUACAUCUCUGCAGCUACAAGAUACGCUGCUCUCGGUGCUCCUACCCUCUAUGACAAUGCCGCUUCCUUCUAUGGAAGAGCUGAACCAACGAGGGGAAUAGGUAACAAGAUCUUUGUUGGACGCCUUCCUCAAGAAGCAUCCGUUGAUGAUCUCCGUGACUACUUCGGUAGAUUUGGCCGUAUUCAAGAUGCCUAUAUUCCAAAGGAUCCAAAGAGAAGUGGACAUAGAGGUUUCGGAUUCGUUACCUUUGCUGAGAACGGUGUUGCGGAUCGUGUAGCCAGGAGAUCUCAUGAAAUAUGUGGACAAGAGGUAGCAAUAGAUUCAGCAACACCUCUUGAUGAAGCUGCUGGACCUAGCGGCGCUGGUGGUGGAGGAGGUUCUUCUUCUUCUCGUCCUGAACAUUUUGGUGGUUACGCUGGAGGUGGUCCAAUGCGCACUUUUGGUCGAAUGUAUGGAGGAGGCAUGAGCUUGGACGAUUGGGGAUAUGGAGUACCGAGCGCAAGACCAUCAAGAUCAGACUGGAGGUACCGCCCAUACUAAUGCCACCACCAGACAACAGACAAAAGACAUUAUCCUUUAGCUCUUGCUUUGUUGUUUUAUUAAUCUUCACUCAUCAAAUACAUUAAAACUAUUUUACUUGUUAUUGGUGAGAACCUGCUUUGUUGUUGUUGAAACAUAUAAAGAGCUUUACAAGAACAA